UACACUACUUCACAGCCCUACACCCCGCAUCUCGCCUUGGCGACUUGGCAACUUAACAUCAACUUCUACCCAUGGUAGCUAAGAAAAAUCGAUUUGAAAUGGAAAUUUGUUAAUGUCACGUAUUAUUAUGAUAUUCUAUCUUUUCAAGACAGUAGGGACGCUGCUCUAAACCCUAGUACUCAUACUCAUUGACUACGAUGCAAGCUUACUCACCGCUAUUAUCCCUCCCACGAGAAGUGCUUGAUCGUAUUAUCGACUUUUAUCUCACCUUUGACCACGAAGAUUUUGAGGAUACACUACGUCCCCAUCUUGUAUAUAUGGGUGAUACAGCAUACUUCCGGUCGUUACCUAGCUUAAUGCUAGCCUCAAAGAAUUUUUAUCGCGAUCUUUCUCCCAUAGUUCACAGACAAGCUAUCUUGCGCGUUCAGGUUUCCGGAUGGAAUGACCGGCGAAUUGGCUUCGCUGUCCGUGGGAAACUUCGGUUCGACCGGCUGGAAAAGCUCUGGCUGCUUAUGGCAACAGAGCACCCCAACUGGAAUAGUUGGUUGUCGUUUUUUGGAGAGGUUAUUGAGCGUACUAAAAAUCUCAAAGCCUUGGUGAUUGAUUGGGCACCUAGGCCUGUCGGCUCCAUAGGGUGGACUGGUCGCGUGAACGCGAAGAAGGAAGACGAGUUCUUCAACACGAUAGAAACUCUAAAGGGACUUCACCUCAUCCAAAUAUAUGGCAACAUCUCGCCAGAAUGGAUUAGCCGGCUUGAAGGGCUUGCGCCGCAUGUCGUGUAUUAUCGAAACCGGUGGUGGCGAGAACCUGGGAUGGAUUAAUGCCCCACGUCUUUUAUUACAAGUCUAGGAUAUCGAUUGAGUUCCGUUCUUAAGCUAUAGUUGCGAGUUACAAGUGCUUUAAGGUGACACUUUGGAAGUAGGUGAUUGACAUCAAGAGCCUCCACGUUAUGUAGGUACCUAUGUUCCAAGGCAAUAGAUGAGAACGCAAACUACAUGUAGGUACCAAUGAGUAAAAUGUGGCAGCCUAGAAACGGAAUACAUGCUCCCCACCUGCAACUAGCCUAUGUA